AUGCCAUCAUUGGAGCAUGGAGACAAUAGGGAUAACUGUCAUAGAGACAUAACUCACGGGCAACCUAUUGAGUCAUAUAUUCCACCAUUAAAGGAAGAAUUACAUAUUGAAGAAAAUACUUUUCUUGAAGAAUAUGUAGAAGUCAAAGAAGAAAAUAUAGAGAUUUUUGAGAAAAUUAAUGAAGGCCUUGUUAUAGAAGAAGAACCAGAAAUCAAGACUGUGGAGGAGAUUAAUGAAGACCCUAUUAUAGAGAAAGAUCUUGAAGUCAAGAUAGUAGAGACCAUUAAAAAAGAAAUUAUAGAGGAAAUUGUCAAUGAUCUCGAUGAAGUCAAGUUAAAUGAUUGCAAUGUUCAAGCUCCUAUUAUUUUGGUGGGAGGCACCAAAAUAAAGUAUAUUGAUUUUAUUGGGGUGGAAAGAUUUGAUUUGAUCAUUGACUAUUAUUUGGUGAAUAUUUUUAAUUGCAUGAAGAUCAAGGGACCAGAAGUUCAAGUUGCCCAAUUGAUGACUUUCAAGUUUGCAUGCAUUUCUGAAGUUGGGUUAGGAAAUACAGUUUUUAAUGUGAUGGAAGAUGGUGCUAUUGCCGAUGGAAAAACUGAUAACAGUAAGGUUUUUGAAAAUGUAUUUAACAAAGCUUGCCAAUCUGAAGGAAAAAAUAUUGUAUUAAUCCCACAAGGAACAUAUAUGUUGCGGCCUAUAGUGUUGAAAGGCCCAUGCAAGGGCCAAGUAGAAUUUCAAAUCAUAGGGACCCUACAAGCUCCUACAGAUAAAGCAUCUACAAUUAAUGUUGACCAUUGGAUCACCUUCCAAUAUAUAGACCAGUUGAUACUCGGCGGUGGUGGAAAAUUGGAUGGCCAAGGUCCCUCUGCUUGGGAUGACAAUACUUGCAGUAAAGAUCCAAACUGCAAAUCUCUUCCCAUUUCAUUGAGAUUUGAUUUUGUCACCAAUUCAAAGAUUACUAGCCUAACUUCAAUCAACAGCAAGAAUGCCCACAUGAACCUUUUUGGAUCCAAAGGUAUAGAAUUUCAUUACAUACAUAUAAUAGCACCCGAAGAUAGCCCCAAUACCGAUGGAAUACACAUUGGUUCAUCUAGCAAUAUUGAAAUCACGGAUUCGACAAUAGCCACGGGAGAUGAUUGUGUAUCAAUGAGUCCUGGUUCUAAAAACAUAAACAUUAGGAACGUAACAUGUGGCCCGGGUCAUGGAAUUAGUGUUGGAAGCCUUGGUGGGGGACCUAAUGAAGAAGAUGUUAGUGGAUUAACAAUGACUAAUUGCACCUUCAUUGGCACUCAAAAUGGCUUGAGGGUCAAAACUUGGGCUAAACCUUAUCCAGGCAAUGUUUUCAACCUUACAUUUGAAGAUAUCAUCAUGGAGAAUGUCAACAACCCCAUCAUCAUUGAUCAACAAUAUUGCCCAUCUAGCAAAUGUGAAAAGGGUGACUCCCAAGUUCAGAUUCACGAUGUUAAGUACAGAAACAUUAGGGGCACCUCUAGUUCAAAACUUGCAGUUGCUUUUGAUUGUAGCAAAAGCAAACCUUGUGAGAAGAUUGAGCUCGACGAGAUUAACCUAAGUUACCAUGGUGUUGAAGGACCUGUGGCAUCCUCAUGUGUCAAUGCCAAAGGUAUUGCUAGUGGUUUACAACAACCCCAAUCUUGCAUAUAGCACUCCUAGUUGCAGCACCUUGCUUGAAAUCAAGACAAAUUGAAGAUGAAUAAUCUAGCACUCUUAACCUACAUUCUUUUGACAGUAUAUUGUUUUGUACUUGAUUUGAAUGCUUACCUACAAGAAAUGUUGUAGGCGGUGUAUUCCACUUCGUAUUUGUAAAUUGUCAGUUGUUUUGAAAUUUGAUUCUAAAGAAAA